UCCCUGCAUUGCAGUGUGCUGCUAGGGGGCUUGAGGAUUGAACCCAAUGUUGUCAAUUCUCAAAGCUCAGUUUGCAUCUGUCAAGGAGUGCAAAUUGUAAAUCCUGGCCAAUGAACCCUGCUGUGUUUUGGCCUCUCGCUCCCCCUCCUGAGUACACUGUACCUCUCACUGGAAUUGUUCACAAAUCUCCCUGCCUACUCGCAUUCUCUAACGACCCUUCAGGUUUGCUUCGUUUGGCUGUCGUUAAGUACCAUCGUUUGCCUGGUAUGCCCCUAAUGGCUGGCUCCAAGAGGAGUGCAUGAGGUGAAGCGUCAAGCUGUUCUCUACGUUAUAAAACCAUUGGAUGCAGAGAAUGACAUUACGCAAUGAUCUCCAAUGUAUUUCCUUCUGUUUCUUGGAGUUAAUCGCGCGAAAUACUCUUGGAGUCUAGAGAACGACAGAAUUACAGCAGCAUUCCUUAACCCAAGAAACCUCCGAGCAGACUGAAGGUGCCAGGAUAGGCUUCACGACAGGGUCACGGAAGGUUAAUUAUGGGGGUCACAAGCCUACAGGUCUCUUCUUUAGCUCUCGGAAUGUCUGCUCUUGCUCUGCUGAUUAUCUCGAACCUUACAGACUGCUGGAGGAGUGAUGCAAAGGAUCCUCAUUCUUCUGUUGGCUUGAGCUGGCGUUGCCGAGGCCUGUGGGGUGAAUGUAUCUAUGACAUCACAGCAGCUUACUGGACCUGUGAUAUGCCAAACUCCGUUCUCGGGCAUCUCCCCACUGAUGUGGUGAUCACCCGGGUCUUGGUAAUCGUGCCCGGUGUGGCUUGUAUCGUGGCCGUGCUGUUCCUUGUUGGUGGGAUGAAAUGCACCAAGUUUGUUCCUGAUGGUGGGACAGAGAAAGACAAACUGAGUCUCUGCGCUGGAGCCAUCCUCUCCUUUGGAGGUAUUGUCGGCAGCAUUGGCAUGACUUGGUACGCAGCUGAAACUAUCGUUAAGUACAGGUUUGAGGUUAGCUUUGGGGUGCCUGGAAUCACAUAUGAGCUCGCCUAUUCUUACUGGCUGGCCUCUACUGGAGUGUUGUGCAUGUGUCUAGCUGGAGUCCUGCUUGUGUCGAUGCACUGUCCCAAAAUCAACAGAUCCAGCGAAGGGAAAAAGAGAAACCCCACAUUCCGAUUUCUAACUGACCAGAGCAAACAUGCCUCGCCAGCAUCCUUACCUGAUAUUGGCAAAACAUACGUCUAACAAGAGGUUCAGUAAGGCUGAACUUUCCAGAGGUCUCACUGUUUGCAGUAUAAUGCUACGCUUGUGUUUAUCUGGCCUCUAGUUGAGAAAUAUGUAGUGGAACUUAUUUUGCAUUCAGUCAUUGUCAUAGGGUUGUACAGACAUUUUGGUCCAACUAGUCCAUGCCGACCAGAUAUCCCAACUUAAUCGAGUCCCAUUUGCCAGCAUUUAGCC